AUGAAUGGAUGGGACAAGAACAUUGGUGAACUUCAUGCAAUGCUCAAAACGGCUGAAGCAGGAAUGGGCAAAAAGGCUUUACCCGUCCUAGCGAUCAAUGAAGGAGGCAACAAGAAGAGGCCCCACCCCGCCUCUAAAGCAAACUAUGCUAAAAGAAAAGGACACGUCAAGGGAAAGGGGAAGGGAAAGGGAAAAGCUAAAGAAGAACCCACCAAACCAAAAGAGAAGAAGCAAAAGGUUGCUAUGAAUGACCCAUGUUUUGGAUGUGGUGAGAUAGGACACUGGAAGAGAAAUUGUCUAACCUAUCAAAAUGAGUUGAAAAACAAGAGGGAUGCAGGGCAAACCUCAGAAAUAAACAUUAUAAGAAGGGAGACGCUAGUCUCUUCAUGGGCAACGGAGCAAAGGUUGAAGUCGAAGCUCAAGGAGACUACGUUUUAG